ACAAGAAGUGAAAGGCAAUCUCCCUAAAUAGAAAAUAAACUUUGAAAUUCCAUGUUUUACUGAAACAUCCGGAUUCUGCUUAUCAAUCUUGAAGUGUGUGUACUGACAUUUGCAUCAAUUUUAUUAUGGAAUUUUUCCUAACGAAAGAUUGAAUAUAAGAAAUCUAGAAAGAUUUCUCAUGAAAUCAUUCCUAUCUAACUUUGUAUCCCGGUGAUCAAACAAAACAUAGAUGGAAGACGCUUUUCUGGAUGCCCCUUUAUCAAUAAACUUUGACAUAGAUGGAAGAUGCUUUUCUGGAUGCCACUUGAUCAACGAGCUAACAUUCGAGUGAAAUAUAUUAAUGAAAGUACAUUCAUGCAGAAUUUGAAGAUGCAUGUUCUCUACACAAUCAAAUCUGUACUUUGAGUGUGGUUGAAUCAAUUUUAUUAUGUUAGGAUAAUUUUUAGCUGACAAAAAUCUACAAGAAGAUUGUCUUUGUUGUAAAAAGAAGAGCUUGUCCUGGCUUGUUUUCAUGAUCUUACUUACAUGGUUUGAAGUCUAAGCAUGGACAUACUGACUACUGAGGAGGCGACCCAUAAACAAAUGAGAUUGCUCAUCAGUGGAAGAAACUAUGAUUUUUCACUAUGCUUUUCCUUUGAAGUUCUUAUUUCAUGCUUUUGUGAUUGGUAAUUUUGGAUCUCAAUCUUGUAAGUUAGGAUUCAGUUUUUAAAUUUUAAACCGAUUGUCUGUUUACGCAUUACUUAUUUGACAUUCUUCCUAUUGCCUAUGACAUUUAAAUGUUCCCUUUAGCCAAGAAAAGUACUGGAAGGAAAUGUUUCAUGGGAAGAACGAACUGCUUUAUGCUCGACCUCUUUGUCUGCUGAAAGGUUGCUCAGAUCAUAGAAGUCGCAACUAUCCAUGUGUUUGAAGUUGCAACCUUUGAUUCAAUGUUUAACCGGACAGAGGAAGAUGUCACUCCAGUGCAUGUUGUUGAGAUGGUUGAGAUGUUGAGAAGAGCAGAGAAGCAACCAGCAAGGAAGCCGGCCUGAAAUUGGUCUCUUGAUGUGAAAAAAAUCGUGGGAAUAGCAUCUUUUCUACAUAUUUAGUUGUAGUAGAUCAAUUAGCAAUGUAUUGGUUCCUGCAGAGUAAGCUGUAUAAGCUCCCACAACUGGCAAUGGCUCAUCGUCUUCAGGCCACCCGGCUAUUCAUCGACGCCCGAGUCAAAUGGGUUCGUGAUCCAUUCCUCGACACUGCCGUCGAGAAGGAGAAAGACCUCAAACCUCUCUGCUCUCUCCUCCGCCACAUCCUCACCUCUCCCUCCCUCUCCCUCCCACUCUCCUCUGCUUCCCUUCUCCACCUGCCCUCCUCCGCCACCACCUCCACUGCCACCUCCUUCUUCCUGAAAUACCCCUCUGUCUUCACAAUCUUCCAGCCCAGCCCUGGCCUCCCUCUCCAUGUCAGGCUCACCCCUCCCGCCCUCUCUGUUUACCGCCAAGAGUCUGGCCUCCACCUCUCCCCGCCCCUCCGUCACUCUGCCGCCAUGCGCCUUGCCAAGCUCUUGAUGCUAGCUGGGUCUUCGGCUUUGCCCUUCCAUAUAAUUAAUAUGUUCUGGUGGGACUUGGGCUUGCCUCCUAAUUAUGUCGCUGACCUCCUCUCUGAUUACCCUGAUUACUUCAAUGUUCGCACUGUCAAGGAUGAGGCCACAGGUAAUGAAUUGCUUGUGCUGGAGCUCAUGUCAUGGCGAGACGAGCUGGCUGUGUCAGCAUUGCAGGAGAGGGCAAAAGAUGGGUACUUUAAUGGAAAACCAGGGACGCGCAUCAGGUUCUCGAUGAAUUUCCCCAGAGGGUUCGAUCUGGAGAAGAGGGUCAAGGCUUGGGUGGAUCAGUGGCAGGACUCACCCUACAUAUCGCCUUAUGAGGAUGCUUUCCAUCUGGCGCCUAGUGGUGAUCAUGCGGAGAAGUGGAUGGUGGCUGUCCUCCAUGAGUUGCUGUGGCUCCUCCCAUCGAAGAAGACAGAGCGGGACAACUUGCUUUGCUGGGGGGAGUAUAUGGGUUUCGGAACACGUUUCAAGAAGGUAUUGGCUCAUCAUCCUGGCAUCUUUUACAUCUCCAACAAGCUGAAGACCCAGACUGUGGUGCUCAGGGAGGCUUACAAGAAGGAUUUCUUGGUGGAGCGGCAUCCGCUGAUGGGUAUGAGGCAUCGCUACAUUCAUCUCAUGGGUAAAGCCAAGAAGUCGCAGAGGCAAAUAAAUUCAGCCUCUAGGACGAUCAGAAAGCGAGCCAUUAGCUCUCAAAAAGUUCGCCGGGUAGGGAAGGACAGCCAUAUACACAAUGCAGAUGGAAGAGAAAUGACCAAAGGAUUUUCAGACGGUGAAUUAGGUGAAGCUAGUAUAUAGCAAUGAUGAGGUAAUUGAAACGUAGAUGUGGAUCCUGGAAAUCAUGGUUUGAAGUGCUUCAACCAUGAAGUACAUGGCAAGGAGAAUGGAGAUGCUUCAGGUCCGAUUUGUGUAGCAGAACUCCAGAAAAAGGGAACUGAGAUCUUACGUCUUUUAGUUCAGUUGAAAGGUGAGAAGAGACUCAGGAAUACCAGUUUAAACAUCUGGAGGCUGGUUGACUACAAGAUGGCUGGUUUGAGUUGAUUUCUAAGUGGAUAGCAUUCUUCCAUGCUAGCUUUUGUUGACAACCUCAGCCCCUCAAACUCUGCCAAGAAAGUCACAGACUAAACCAGAAGUCGAGGAGAACGAAGCUGCAGCCAACAAAGGUGUGCAGGAAGUUUUGUGUACCCUUUGAAUGACGAUGCUGCUGAGGUGAAUCUGGAGUUUUGAGAUGUCGUGAGAGACCUUGCUUUUGCUUCAACGUGGGGAAGUUGCCCAUGUGCAGCCUUGGAGAAUACACUAGUUAGGAAGCCCGUGCAAGGCACGUGCUCUACUCAAGUUAAAAUAUGCGAUCUUUAUCCAAACUGAUGAACGCCUCUUGCAUUUUUGUUACCAGUACAUGCGCAUAUUCUAUAAGAUCUCAUCCUUCGACAGAAGAAAAAGA